AUGAAUAACUCGGAGCGCCUCCGCCCCCCUUUCUCAUUUAAAAACCGACCUAUAAUCUGUCAAUCUGUCAUAAAGUGCUCAGUGUGUGGAGGAUUCAUUAGGUUUAGAUUUAAAGUCUAAAAGCCUAUCUCUUUCAGCCGCUGUUUCCGCGCGUUUUCACCAUGAUGCACAUCGCUCCUCUUCUCACUCUCAUUUUAACUACAUCCCUCCUGAGCUGCACGACUGCAGAAGCGUCUAUCCUCUGCACCUGGACUAAAGUUUUCCCUAAUAAAGAAAUGCAUUACGUUUUUCUCCACGGCGAUGACUCUUCAUCUCUGCGGCUCUACCACAGUGCCUGGUCAGGGCAGCGCGCUCUGCUCAGCUGCGCUUGGAGCGACGACACGUCAGUGAUCCAAAACUAUUUCUCUCUGUGCGGUGAGCGCAGGGACGAGUACUCAGAUCAUCCAGAUAAAAGUCUCGAUGUGGACUCCAUGUUAGAAGCAGAGGGGCUGUGCGUCUCUUUGGCUGCUCCAGGGAAUGGAGGACAGGAGAUGCCCACAGGAGAGAGGCUGGUGAGGAGCAUCAGUGGACACUCAGCAGCUGAGAAUCAACAAGGUCAAGCUGAAAGUUCAGAGGUCAGGCUCCAUCACCGUGUAAAGCGUGGCUUUAUUGUGCCAGGGACUCUGUGGUGUGGCUCUGGCAACAAGGCGUCAUCAUAUGCAGAUUUGGGAGUUUUUUCAGACACUGACAGCUGUUGUCGUGAGCAUGACCAGUGCAAAGACACCAUCCUAUCCUUUCACUCCCAGUUUGGGGUCUUCAACAGCAACAUCUUCACCAUGUCUCACUGCGACUGCGACAACAAGUUUCGCAGUUGCCUGAUGAAUGGGAAUGACAGCAUAUCUGAUGUGGUGGGAUACACUUUCUUUAACCUGCUGAAGAUGCACUGCUUUGAAUUCUCACACCAACUCCAGUGUACACAGAGGAACUGGUUUGGAAUGUGUAAAGAGACUAAAAUGGCUCUGUAUGCUGAGGUGCAUGCACCAUCCCUGUACGAGUCUACCAAUCCAACAGUGACGAAUAACACCGACUUCACAAUGAACACUACCUCACCCACAGAGCUGCUGGCGAGCAGCAUUUCAGACUCCAUUGCUGCUGCUGCUGCUGCAUCCACAGUCCCUACACCUUUAACAAGUUCCUCCGCCACCUCCAUAACACCUGUGACCAACAUUACCAUAUCAGAGGGAUCAACACCUGAGAGGAGAGAUGAUCUGCAGAACACUUUACUGACCAAACAACAAACUCUGCCUGAGUUGGACAUCACAGAGAAGCAGCUGUCCUGUGCUGUCUACAAGGAUCUUGACCAAUGCAGGAAUAAGAUCCAUCCGCAGCAGAAAAGUUACGGCCUUAGCAACACAGAGGCGAGGACGAUGUACCACUGCAACUGUACCACCAGAUUAUUCCAGACUUUGGCUAAACAGAGACAACUGACCGAAGUGCAGGCUCUUCUGCUGGGACAUGUGUCUCAAUCCUGCUUCCUGCUACAGGACUGCACUCCAGGCAAACUCUGUGGAGCAGUUCUACUGAAAGCAGAACUUCCUGAGUGGAGCAGAGCAGAGAUGGAGGAGCAGCACCACCUACAGGCUGUCAGGCGGAAGGUGAGGAGGCCGAACGUGAGGCGAGAGAGGAGGAAGGACAAAGGAGUCAGGCUACACAAACUGUGUCUCAGGAUGGUCCGGCCAAAACUCAACAGGAACAAGACCCGAAAACACGGUCAGGACGCACAACAGCCAGCUAUAGAACUUGCCUGAGAGUGAAAAUGAAGGAGUCAAGAAUUACUGAAAUACAAAAGAUGUUAUUACGGUCAUUUUCAUUUCAUUCCAGCACUUAAUUUAAUGUUGAGUCUUCUUUCUUCCAAGGUUCCUUUAUCCUUCAUUCCUGAUGACAGUUCUGGACUGAAAGACCAGAAAAUACCUUUUAACUUAAAUUAAGUUAAUUUAUGAAUCAUUCCACAUCCUUCCAAGGGAUAGUACGUUUAAGGAGACAUAAAAGGCUCUCUAUGCAAAAACAAAAGAAAAUAUACUUUGGAAUAUGGUUAUAAACAAAAUACAGAAAUAUGCUGGGAUGUAAUUAGAAUUGCCUGCUUUUAAAGAGUUUUCAAACCAAAUAAGAUUGUAAAUAUGGUGAACAUUUUCUGCUAGGCCUCAUUUUGUUAUUUUUUUCAUUUGUGAGCAUGUUCAGAUUUAUAGCAUCUUUCUUAAAGCACCUAAGUCAUAGCUGGCAUGGCUGUAGUCUGCUAUGUCAAAAUGUCUGCUGUUAAAAUUGUCUGAGUCAAAUAUUGGUUGCACUUUCCUGAUGUAAAAAGGUCGUAGAAUGAACCCCUUUAUGCACUCUUCUUGAGGAUUCAGCUCUUAGUGUUUUGUAAAUAUUGUACCGUGUUGUAUGAGUUGUAGAUAGUUGCACAUUAUGUUAUCAGCCCAGCAAAGUCAGAAAAACUGUUCUGCAAAUAUUUGCACAUAGGACACAUUGUGAAAUAGUUGGAUCAGUGAGAAGUAAUUCUAUGACUGACUACAUUUAAAGGAAAAGUUUUACAUUUUGAGACGUUGCUUUUUGGUUUUGAAACAAGAAAAUAAAGAUGUUUGAUAAAUAUGUACAAUGCUGUAUAAACGUGUAAAAACUAUACUGUGUAGCUGCUAGCAUGUCGUUAUGCUAAGCUAAGCUAAACCAAUAGGCUAAACCUGACUAUAUUUAUGCAUCACAGGAAAUGAAUAAAGCGGUAUCAUACCUUUCAAACUACAGUGAACAUAUCUCUGAACAUUUUACCUAUUUAUUUUAAGUUUUAAACAUACCAUUUGCCUCCUGCCUAUUAAAUGUAAC